CAGCAGUCCAUGCACCACACACACACAACUCGCAUACACUAGGACGGUUAUUGAGAUUAAGUGAGUAGUAUUCUGCUGGUCACGUGAUUCUAACAUGGCAGCCCCCAUGUGCAGACCCUCUCCAUGUAGAAUAAAACAGCUUUUAAAAGGUUACUGAUAUGACUGGAGUCUUCAUUUGAAUCCGCCAUAUUUGUGACCAUCAGCGGGAGGAAACAGUCUUGGUGAAAAAAGAAACACCCGUGAAACGAGAUCAAUAAAAACAUCAAAAAUUACUUUUGGUCCAUGCCCAGUCCCAAGAAGUGUUCAUACAGAUCUGAAGACAGCACAAAUAUUGGCAAAUUGAACUUUCAUGGACAUUUAAAAAUAUUUUAUCCACGAUUAAUCUCUGUACACUGAAACCAAGAUGGCACAUGGUGAACUGAAAAAAAUGGCUGUGAUUUAUGACAACGAACAGAGGAACGGUUACUGCUCUGGUGAAGUUGUGUCUGGACAAGUUUUACUUCAACUCUCAGAAUCCACCAAAGUCAAAGAUAUACACAUAUUAGUCAAAGGAUAUGCUCAGGUGUGUUGGAAUGAUAGACUGUCUAACUGCUCAGAAGAGAGGAAACAUCUGUCCUUAUCCAAGACACUUUUAGCGGCAACAGGUACUCAAGACCUCAUCCUUGAUUGUGGUACCCAUGUGAUCCCUUUUCAACUGGAGCUACCUCAAAGUCCCUUGGUUUCCUCUUUUACUGGAAAAUAUGGGAGAGUUUACUAUAUGGUGAAGGCUGUUCUAAAAAGGCCAUUCCAUGAGAAACAGCAUGCUUGCAGAGAACUUUCUAUUAUCAGUCAUAUUGAUAUCAAUAUGCCAUCACUGAUAUUUCCAAUGUCACAAACCUGUGAGAAGAUGAUUGGAUGCUGGAUCUUUACUUCAGGUCUCGUCUCUCUGACUGUCAAUGUGGACCGAAUGGGUUAUUGCAGUGGAGAAUUAAUCCCAAUCUUCGCUCGGAUUGAGAACCGCUCUUCUCGUCUUGUUGUGCCAAAAGCAGUGAUAUACCAGAUUCAGACUUGUAUGGCUAAUGGGAAAAUGAAAAUCGUCAAACAGGUGGUUGCUAGUGUUAGAGGAAAUGUUGUCCCGUCUGACAGCUCUCACAGAUGGAAUGGAAAAACAUUGAAGAUUCCUCCAGUUUCUCCCUCUAUUCUCAAUUCGGACAUCCUGAGAGUAGAAUACAUCCUUGAAGUAAUUGUUCAGAUACCUGGUGCUAAAAAUCUUAAAGUGAAGUUUCCAGUGGUAAUUGGUACCAUUCCAUACAAUGGUCUUGGCAGACACACCUUUAGCAUGAGCAGUCAUUCCAGUGCGGACAUGAGAGCAUUAACGCUUACCCUCCCUGGUGUACCUGAAGCUCCUCCCAGCUAUGCAGAUGUUGUGACAGAGGAAGAGUUUGAAGAGCACAGGACUUCAAUCCAACUGUCGCAACCGGACUGGCUGCUGAAUGGUCCAGCAUACGCUUGCAUUCAGCAGUUCCGCUUCCAGCCUCCUCCCAUUUACUCAGAGGUUAACCCACACCCAAUCGAACAUUGAGCUGUUUGCAGACUUGCUGAAUAUGUGAAAGAGGAUUUUGGUGCCUUAAUUACACUGUAGCAUUUUUUUCUUUCUCAUCCUUUUUUAUUAAAUGGAUUUAUUUGUUCUCGUGUGUAUUGUUUAUGGAUUAUGGAUUGGUUUUGUAGUAAUGGACAAAAGUUUAUUUCUGCUGUUUUCACCAAGAGCACCACUCAGAGUUUUCAAAAUUUUAUUCCCGCUUAGCCAGACUUUUUAAUAUCAGCAUAAAGUCUGGUCCACUUGGCAACUUAUUCUGACCAAGAAACACCAACUUAGUAUAAGUGCAAACAAUUAUACUGUCAAAUAAUUGCACAGCAGUUUCGUUCUGCAUCUGGCUGCACAGAAAAAAGCAUGUCAAAACAAAACAAUGGUGACAAGUUCCUCUCUAAGUGGGCAGUUACUGGCCAGAAUAAGUUGCAAUGUGGACAAGACUUUAUGCUGUCAGUCAAAAGUUUGGCUAUGCUAGUCUACUAUUAUAUACUAUAGCUUCAAAAAAUGUUAUUGGAAUUAGUAAAUAAAUCUAUUGUCAAAAGAGUGUGAUUGUAAAUUUUGUGGCAGGGAUGUACUAACUUGCAUAUUAUGAGGUGCAGGUUGAGAUAUCACAAACAUACUGUAGGUGCACUUGUUCGUGUAAAACUAUUAACAUUUACUAUUUGGCAGACACUUUUAUCCAAAGGGAAUUACAGUGCAUUCAGUGUAUAUGUUUUAUCAGUUUGUGGGUUCCCUGGGAAUUGAACCAAUGAUCUUGGCGUUGCUAGCGCCAUGCUAUACCAGUUGAGUUCAUGAACACUGGCCUGAACAUAAGACUAUUUAUUAUGUUCAGCUAGUAAAUUAUCACUGCUGGCUAUCCCAACUUUAUCCCAUUAAAUUAUAUAACUGAAAAAAAAAAAAAUUGUACUCUUUUUGUACUAA